AUGUGCACCAGUGUCACCGAGUUCUACGACGCACUAUGUGUCUAUGGGAGAGAGAGAGCGCGAGGGAGAGAGCUAGAGAUAGAGGGAGCGAGAGAGAGGCAGAGUGGAAAAGAGGAGAGAGGGAAAGAGAGAGUGACAGAAAGGGAAGAGAGAGAAACGAAAGAAAGCUCAAAACGAAACGAAAGAAAGCUAAAAAACAAAAUCAUAAUUUCACUUUUGAUUCUCAUGAUUAUAUAA